AUGCCCGCCGGCGCCGGGCUUGCAACAGCCGCCAGACGAGUCGCCCUGUCAUCACCACCUGCACGCCCGCUCUGCCGCUCCUCCUCAACGCCAACGAGGACGACGAGUAUCGCCGGCAGCCGGAGGCAUGUCCACCUCAGCGCCCUCGGCGACGCCGUCAUCUGGACCGCCGACGGCGUCAGCGCGCUGCACCACGCCGCCGGCCUCCCCUGGUACCUGGCCAUCCCACUCGUUGCCGUCGGCGUCAAUCUGUCGUUCCGCCUGCCCAUCCAGCACUACACGCGCCGCCUCGUCGUCCGUCGCGCCGAGCUCAACCCCCUUGUCUCCGCCUGGGCCUCGCGCCACGCCGCCACCGUGCCUGCGCCCACAGCCCGCGCAGGCGACAGUAUCGAGGCCGCCGAGCGCACGUGGAGGCUCCGCGUUGCGGGCCUGACAGAGCGUUCGCGCCGCCGCAUCUACAAGGUCUGGGGUGUCCAGCGGUGGAAGACGCUCGCGCCCUUCCUCAGCAUGGUGCCAUUCAUCGUCGUCUCCGAGGCCUUGCGUAGGCUGUGCGGUGCGCCGAUGGGCUGGAUCAGCCACCAGAUGGGCCUCGCCAACGUCGAGCGCGUCUCCGCGGCCCUCUCUGACUCGACCGGCCUGUUUGACCAGUCUCUUGCCCAAGGCGGCUGCCUCUGGUUCGCUGACCUGACUGCCAUGGACCCCUACUACGUACUCCCGCUGCUAUGCUCGGCCCUGCUGGCGCGCACCUCAUGGGGACGCCUGUCUAAGGAGCAGCUCCGCGCGCUGCUCACAGUGGACCGAUCCGGUGCCCGGAUCGCGCCUAUCUCGAGAAUACAGACCGCCAUUGGCAGGACUCUUUUACUUGUUCCACUCUUCCCGAUAGUAUUCGCGGACCUGCCCAGCGCCAUCUUCCUCUACUGGGCUACGACGUUCGGCCUGAACGACGUCAACGAGUCCAUCAUACAAAGGCUCGUACCGAAGAGGACACCCAAGCUCAAACUAGGACCGAAAGCAGCGCCGGCGCUGCCGUAUCUACGGGGCAUCAAGGCGAAAGGUGUAUCAAUAAAGUGA